AGGUCCAUAACAUGCCUUACCGAUGAUGCUAUGCUUGGGUAUUAGCAAGGGAGGGGUCCGGCUCUGCACAGCUAGUGCUCAGCGCUAUGCUGGGACGCACACCGGGUCCGGCCCCCGGGAUCAUUACCAGCUGUUGGGCAUUGAAAGAAAGGCUACGAGCGAGGAGAUUAAAAAUGCUUUCUUCACUAUGUCAAAGAAGUUGCACCCUGACAGUGACCCAACAAACCCACUCCUGCACUCUCAGUUUGUGCGCCUGAGUGAGGCCUACAAGGUGCUAAGCAGGGACACGUCCCGCAGGGAGUAUGACCAACUGCUGGAUGCUGUACAGAGGGACCGCUGGGCCUAUGGGGCUCGGAGUUCUUACUACCAAGGACCCUCACCAAGUGCUGCUGCAGAUGAGAAUGCUCAUUACUGGUCCCAGUUUGCCGCUAGGAGAGGAGAUCCUACACAGCGCCGCCAGGGCCGCAAUGGGCGCUUGGUCUUGUACUGUCUUCUGAUAAUGGCUGGAAGCCUCACAAUGCACUAUGUGGGCUUCAAAACCUUGCGGGAAAUCCAUUCUAACUUCAUGGAGAAACAACACAAACGAAUCCUGAAGAUCUAUAAUGAGGCCAAAGAAAGAGCCAGGGUGAAUGGGUUCAGGAAACAGCAGGAGAUACUUCGGGAGAAACAUGCAGCGUUCACAGAGAAAUACCACGCAAAAAACCGUCAUGAAGAAUCCAAAAAAUAAGGUGUUGGGUACAAUAACGGUGUUUUCAUGGACCCACAGGAAAUUCCAAUCUGUGAUUCGCCUGCUCUUGCUGAUUGAACUGGGGAGACACUGGUUGGAUUCCCUAUACAACCAGUUUAGUUACACAGAGCUUUUAGCCAAGGCUGCAAAUUUCUUUAUUUUUGGACCCUCUAAAAAGAAAAUAGAAGUGCCAGGUGAACCAGAAUAAAGGAUUUGCAGCAGGUUAAAAGAUUAUCUUACCUCAAAUAUUUUGAAUAUUCCCUUUGCUUCUUGUAAAUAAAAUCUUACAAAAUCAAA